ACACCAGUUUUGGUCCUUAGCUAAAAAUAAUUUAAAUAUGACUACAAAACUUUUUGUUGUUGUCGUUGGGUGCCGUCGAGUCGGUUUCGACUCAUAGCGACCCUAUGCACAACAGAACGAAACACUGCCCGGUCCUGAGCCAUCCUUACAAUCCUUGUUAUGCUUGAGCUCAUUGUUCGCAGCCACUGUGUCAAUCCACCUCGUUGAAGGCCUUCCUCUUUUCCACUGACCCUGUACUCUACCAAGCAUGGUGUCCUUCUCCAGGGACUUAUCCCUCCUGACAACAUGUCCAAAUUAUGUAAGACCCAGUCUCGCCAUCCUUGCCUCUAAGGAGCAUUCUGGCCGUACUUCUUCUAAGACAGAUUUGUUCGUUCUUUUGGCAAUCCAUGGUAUAUUCAAUAUUCUUUGCCAGCACCACAAUUUAAGGGAGUCGGUUCUUCUUUGGUCUCCCUUAUUCAUUGUCCAGUGUUCACGUGCGUAUGAUGCGAUUGAAAAUACCAUGGCUUGGGUCAGGUGCACCUUAGUCUUCAAGGUGACAUCUUUGCUCUUCAACAUGUUGAAGAGGUCCUUUGCAGCAGAUUUACCCAAUGCAAUGCGUCUUUUGAUUUCUUGGCUGCUGCUUUGACGACUGUUGAUUGUGGAUCCAUGUAAAAUGAAAUCCUUGACAACGUCAAUCUUUUCUCUGUUUAUCAUGAUGUUACUCAUUGGUCCAGUUGUGAGGACUUUUGUUUUCUUUAUUGUUGAGGUGCAAUCCAUACUGAAGGCUGUGGUCUUUGAUCUUCAUUAGUAAGUGCUUCAAGUCCUCUUCACUUUCAGCAAGCAAGGCUGUGUCAUCUGCAUAACGCAGGCUGUUAAUGAGUCUUCCUCCAAUCCUGAUGCCCCGUUCUUCUUCAUAUAGUCCAGCUUCUCAGAUUAUUUGCUCAGCCUACAGAUUAAAUGGAUCCUGGCUGAAAGCAGAGAAUACCAGAAGGAUGUUUACCUGUGUUUUAUUGACUAUGCAAAAGCAUUCGACCGUGUGCAUCAUAACAAACUAUGGAUAACAUUGCGAAGAAUGGGAAUUCCAGAACACUUAAUUGUGCUCAUGAGGAACCUUCACAUAGAUCAAGAGGCAGUUGUUCGGACAGAACAAAGGAAUACUGAUUGGUUUAAAGUCAGGAAAGGUGUGCGUCAGGGUUGUAUUCUUUCAGCAUACCUAUUUAAUCUGUAUGCUUUUCUACAAAACUUUUACUUAUGUAAUAUUGUCAGUAUGUUUUAUAGGGAGGGUAUUCUUAAUAUUUGAAAACAAACUUCUCUAGUUAGUGUUAACUAUCAGAUUCAUUUUUCAUUUCUGACAAAGUUGUAGAUCAGGUGAAACAAGUUGAGAGAGCUCCUACAAAUACCAGAAAAACUUGUAAAUUGAUUUUCAUUUUAUGUGAAACCAUGCAAGGACAUAAAUGGUAUCAUUAAAAACUAAAUCAUUUGUAAAUGCCGUAAAACAUGUCUUUAAAAUAAAAAUCUUAUGGUACUAGAACAUACCAAAUGACCAGUUUUACCUGUAGUAUGUAAAAUUAGCUCUUGUCAAUGCUUUUCUUGUCUAAAAAAUUAUUUCCAAGAAAAUUUGAAAAAUACAACAGAAUGAAAAAAAACUUACAAUCCCAUCAUAAAUAUUAGUAGCUAGAAUCAGGAUUAGAUAGACUAUGCCUGUAGCAGUAAUUUUAGUUUAGAUUCUUUUUCCAGAACCAUUCCUUCCAAAUCCCAGAUGGAAUUUUCUAAGAAGUUCUGUCUGACUGAAGUGCAAACUUUUUGAAGUAUAGAAACUUUAAACAAUUUUUUAAAAAACUGCAGGUAACUGAAAUGUAUUUCUCCUCUUUCCUACUCUUUGAGAUCUCUACUUGCAUCCCUCACCCCACAUUCAUGAAUAAACAGUUUGAGUUGGAGUGGAUCUUAGAAAUUGGCCCGCUCAAUACUUGGGGAAAGAAACAGGGCUUCAAACGGGUUUGUUCUGGUUCCAACUCCUGCUGAGAGUAGUUCUAACAAGUUCCCAGGGGAUGCUAAUGCUGCUGGUUGGGGACGAAUUCUGAGAACCACUAGCAGAGCAAUGGUUCUCAAAAUUUAUUAUACACCAGAAUCACCCGGGGAUCUUGUUCAAAAGGUAGAUUCUGAUUCAGUAUAUCUGGGAUGGAAAAGUAAAUUCGCAGGUUCGAAGCCCUAGAAACAAAUUACACAGAACUCCUGAGUCCAAUGGAAUUGCUCUUAAUGAAUGGCAAGUUUUUAUUUAGCACCAUAGCAAGUGGUCUAGUGGAAACACUUGAAAGAAUGGUAACUGUAAAAGUUUGAACUCUGAGCAUUAGAUUUUUAGAGUGGCAGUUUUAAACGAAAUGAAGUGCUUUAUUUCUGAAUUUUACAAAAAAAAAAUUCUAGCAAAGAGAUGAUUGGAAUACCUAAUUUUGGACACAUUUUACUGUGCGCCUUUAAGCAAAAAGCCUUUGUGUUGAGAGAUAUGAAGACUCCUUCCUACUAAGUGCCCUGUUGCCUGGCUUUACAAACUGUAAUGAAGUUUCCCAGUAUGCAGGUAAAUUUUUUUUCUCCUCAAAGCCAGAAUGUCUGACUAGCUAGUUCCUUGAGGGAACAAACAAGAGGGCUGCUGGAGGGGAUCAAUGAGAUAAAAAAAACAAAAACAGAAACGCCUUCAACUGGUUAGUAUUUUAAUCCUCAACAAAAGGCUGCUGUAUAUUUUAGUUAAUUAAAAAAAAUACUAUUAACAGCUCACCUUUGGUAUGUUUUAGUCUUUUCUGUAUGGCAUUACAUUUUCUUUUGUCUUCAUAAACCCACAUCACAUUACUGUAUAAAAUAAGUACAUUUACAUUAUAAAAUCAUACAACAUAUUAGAGUGUUAUCCCUAGGUUUCUAUAUUACAAAUGAAAAAGGGCAUAGACUGUAUCCAAAAUUUCCUUUUCACAUUUCUGUAUUGAAUACUUUGUUCUUAUCUUAAAAAUGAAGCAAUGUUUCUGUUGUCUUAGCAUAGUUGCCACUGAUGUUAUAGAAGCUAUACUGCUGAGUGCUUUAAAAUUCUGGAACCAGUUUUUUUCUGUUAUACUUGGAGCUUAGUCAUCAUCAUACGUAGCAGGACCUGAUUAAGACGCCUGUCCUGCCUCUAAGCCUAGCUAGAUUGUAGCCACUAGCAACCAGCCUGCAAUAAUUUCCCUUUGAUGACAUCAUCGGCUGUGGAAGAACCCAGUUGCUUCAGCCAGUCGAACUACAGUUCUAAUCCUCAUCAAAUAUGGCAUCUCCCUUGCCUGCUGCAGCAGGGGUAGAAGAAAUGCCACUGUAUUUUUAAGCUAGCAAGCUUUUCUUUUUCUUUUGCUGCCGCUUUUUAAAAAUUCUAAUCAUGGAUGCUUCUUCCGAUCCCUAUUUGCCUUAUGACGGGGGAGGAGACAGUAUUCCCCUCAGGGAAUUACAUAAAAGAGGAACUCAUUAUACAAUGACAAAUGGAGGCAGCAUUAACAGCUCUACGCACUUACUGGAUCUUUUAGAUGAACCAAUUCCAGGUGUUGGUACAUAUGAUGAUUUCCACACUAUUGAUUGGGUGCGAGAGAAAUGUAAAGACCGAGAAAGGCAUAGACGGAUCAACAGCAAAAAGAAAGAAUCGGCAUGGGAAAUGACAAAAAGCUUGUAUGACGCGUGGUCUGGAUGGCUGGUGGUGACGCUAACAGGGCUGGCAUCAGGAGCACUGGCUGGAUUAAUAGACAUUGCUGCCGAUUGGAUGACUGACCUAAAAGAGGGCAUUUGUCUCAGUGCGUUGUGGUAUAACCAUGAACAGUGUUGUUGGGGAUCUAAUGAAACAACAUUUGAAGAGAGGGAUAAGUGUCCAGAGUGGAAAACAUGGGCAGAAUUGAUCAUAGGUCAAGCAGAGGGUCCUGGUUCUUACAUCAUGAACUACAUAAUGUACAUCUUCUGGGCCUUGAGUUUUGCCUUUCUUGCAGUUUCGCUAGUAAAGGUGUUUGCUCCAUAUGCUUGUGGCUCUGGAAUUCCAGAGAUUAAAACUAUUUUGAGUGGAUUCAUCAUCAGAGGUUACUUGGGAAAAUGGACUUUAAUGAUUAAAACCAUCACGUUAGUACUGGCCGUGGCAUCAGGUUUGAGUUUAGGGAAAGAAGGCCCCUUGGUACAUGUUGCCUGUUGCUGUGGAAAUAUAUUUUCCUACCUCUUUCCGAAGUAUAGCACAAAUGAAGCUAAAAAAAGGGAGGUGCUGUCAGCUGCCUCGGCUGCAGGUGUUUCUGUAGCUUUUGGUGCACCGAUUGGAGGAGUUCUUUUUAGCCUGGAAGAGGUUAGCUAUUAUUUUCCUCUCAAAACUUUAUGGAGGUCAUUUUUUGCUGCUUUAGUGGCCGCCUUUGUUUUGAGGUCCAUCAACCCAUUUGGUAACAGCCGCCUUGUCCUUUUUUACGUGGAGUAUCAUACACCGUGGUACCUUUUUGAACUGUUCCCUUUCAUUCUCCUAGGGGUGUUUGGAGGGCUUUGGGGAGCCUUUUUCAUUAGGGCAAAUAUUGCCUGGUGUCGGCGACGCAAAUCCACUAAAUUUGGAAAGUAUCCCGUUCUUGAAGUCAUUAUCGUUGCAGCCAUUACUGCUGUGAUAGCCUUCCCCAAUCCAUACACCAGACUCAACACCAGUGAACUGAUUAAGGAGCUUUUUACAGACUGUGGUCCCCUGGAAUCCUCUUCUCUUUGUGACUACAGAAAUGACAUGAAUGCCAGUAAAAUUGUUGAUGAUAUUCCUGACCGUCCCGCAGGCCUUGGAGUAUAUUCAGCCAUAUGGCAGUUGUGCUUAGCACUCAUAUUCAAAAUCAUAAUGACAGUAUUCACUUUCGGUAUCAAGGUGCCUUCAGGCUUGUUCAUCCCCAGCAUGGCCAUUGGCGCCAUCGCAGGAAGGAUCGUGGGCAUCGCGGUGGAACAGCUGGCGUACUACCACCACGACUGGUUUAUCUUUAAGGAGUGGUGUGAAGUUGGGGCCGACUGCAUCACCCCUGGCCUUUAUGCCAUGGUUGGUGCUGCCGCAUGCUUAGGUGGUGUGACAAGGAUGACUGUCUCCCUGGUGGUUAUUGUUUUUGAGCUUACUGGAGGCUUGGAAUAUAUUGUCCCCCUUAUGGCUGCAGUGAUGACAAGUAAAUGGGUUGGAGAUGCCUUUGGUAGAGAAGGCAUUUACGAAGCACACAUCCGAUUAAAUGGCUACCCUUUCUUGGAUGCAAAAGAAGAAUUCACUCAUACCACCCUGGCUGCUGACGUCAUGAGACCUAGAAGGAAUGAUCCGCCUUUAGCUGUGCUGACACAGGACAAUAUGACAGUGGAUGACAUAGAAAACAUGAUCAACGAAACCAGCUACAAUGGCUUUCCUGUCAUAAUGUCAAAAGAGUCUCAGAGAUUAGUGGGCUUUGCACUCAGAAGAGACCUGACAAUUGCAAUAGAAAGUGCCAGAAAAAAGCAAGAAGGUAUUGUUGGUAGUUCUCGGGUGUGUUUUGCACAGCACACCCCAUCUCUUCCGGCAGAAAGUCCUCGGCCAUUGAAACUUCGAAGCAUUCUUGACAUGAGCCCUUUUACAGUGACAGAUCACACCCCAAUGGAGAUUGUGGUGGAUAUUUUCCGAAAGUUGGGUCUGAGGCAGUGCCUUGUAACUCACAAUGGACGCCUCCUUGGCAUUAUAACAAAAAAAGAUAUCCUCCGUCAUAUGGCCCAGACGGCAAACCAAGACCCCGCUUCAAUAAUGUUCAACUGAACCUCACAGAUGAGGAGAGAGAGGAAACGGAAGAGGAAGUUUGUUUGUUGAAUAGCACAACUCUUUAGCCUGAGGGAGUCGUCUACUUUUUUUUCCUCCUAAAAAAAAAAAAAAAAGGAAAUAUAAAAGCUGGACUUUGAAAACAUGGUUUGCAAACAGUGCUAGUGGAAUGAAGGAGUUGUGUGGGGAGAGGAGAGAGAGAAGGAAAGGAGGAAGGAGGUAUUUCCCUGCCUGACGGAGUGCAGCACACCAGCUCCUGUUCUGCACUGGAUGACUCAGCUGAGGGUCUGCUGGAUGGUGCAGGCUGAGCCUCCCUGGGGAUGACAUCGGAGUUCUCGAGCAACUAGCCUGGUACUCCACUAUUGCAAAGACGUGUUAUCAGUCCCUAUUUCUGGAGGGAUUACUUUGAAUUGAGCCAUCUAUAAGACUGCAAGGUCUUGCUCUUUUUUUUUUUUUUUAAUCAAAACUGUCCUGUUUAAUUCAUGAGUUGUUAGUUAACCAUUAUCUUUCUACAUUCCAGAAGAGCUUUUAUUUCUCUCUCCUGAGCUGUAACAAAGCCUCUUUAAACUGGUGUGCCCUUUGGAAGCAGUCCUUUCUCAUAUUGAGAUGUACUGUGAUUUUAUUGAGGUUUCAUCACAAGAAGGGAGUGUUUCUUGUGCCAUUAACCGUGUAGCGUGUACCAUCACUAAAAGCUCAGAACAGGCACAUGCACCAACACAAAGGCUGGCCAGACAGGCCACGUCUUGUAGGAAGCAUGAGUGAAAUCUCUCAGCUUGUGUGCUGUGGUUCAAAUCGAUAAUGAGACUUCACGUUUAAGGAGAAACAGAGCUUGCUUUCUUUUGUUUUUUUUUUCAUCUCAAACUUUAUGGAUAAUGUGAACUGGUCUUCUGCAGGUUUUCUAUUUCUGAAACUUCUAUGAUAGACAAGUGCUGUUCAGCAUGAGGAAACAAAGUGCUGCUGCUUUGACGGUAAAGAGAAGGAAGCGUUCUGUUAGCUGCAUCUGGUAUUACUUGCAUGUUAAAACACUGGAAUUUUUUUCUUGAAAUUAGGUCAGUCUUUUUUCUUUCUUUCCUCAAGAUAUUUUACUGCUGACACUGAAGAAGAAAUGUAAUUCAUAACUUGCACUAAAUGUAUAUUUCUUUUCUUAAAAAAUUUACCAUUCUUAUUUAUAUUUUUAUGGAUUAAAAUUUAUAAAAUACAGAUCAGUUAAUAUCUCACUUAAAUAAUUUUACCUUUUUAAUGUGAUUUUUAUAGACUAAUUCAGACAUACAAACAUGGAGAUAUGAACAAAGUUUACACUGGGAACAAGGGUUUAAAAAGAAGUGGUGGUUAUUUCUCUAUGAUCCCGUGUGUACAUACUCCUUUUCCUGAUCUUUCACUGCCAUCUCCUGGAUUAUUGCUUCUGAUCUGUCCAUUUUGACUCAUUAACUGGAAACUUGAAACACUACAGAUCACUUUUCAAAUUACAACCGGAAGUUAAAAUAGUGUUAACCUUUAAAUAAAAACAAAAAUAAUAGAAUCGCAAAGGUAGCAGUUAAAAAUUUAGCCUAACUUUUGAAUCUUUGGGUAGAUGGAAUCCAUACUUCAAAGUGUUCUAUGAUGGUUUGAAUACCCACAGUGCACAUUUUUGCAAAAUGAGUGGAAAACAUACUGGAGUGUGUUUGGGAUUUUUCUGUUUUGAAAUGUGUCUUAAUCAUGGUCUUAAUUCACUAUCAGCAAAGGCAAUAUACUCAAAGGGACUGUCCUAAAUAUUCUGAGAGUAUGCAUCUUUGGUAGGAAAAGGAAGUUUUGCAGACAUGUUUUCGGAAACACAGCAAGAAAUUAACCAUUUUUAAUUUCUUGGAAGUUUUGGAAGUGAUUCUUCACUUCCUCGUUCUUAAUGUAUCUCUGAGAUCACAUAACAACGUAAGAUCGUGAAGAUUUAUAAGAUCCUGAAGGUAUAUUAGAAUGACAAAAGUUAAGCAAAACUUUAGGAAUUUUUUGAAACUUUUUUAACUGCGCUAUCUGCCUAAAAUUAGUAUCUUGUUGUAAUUACACACUCCUUUGGCAGACGUCAGGUUUUCUUCAUAGCCCUUUCAAAGUUCAUUUUGGCUGUCCAGAGUCAGAUAUUUCUAAAUGAUAAUUCUGUAUACCUCCAACUUGUCUUCAGUGUAUUUGCCGUGUGCUAGGCACUGCUAGGGCAUGAACCCCUCAGCAUGGCUACUGGAUACCUUAAUCUCUUGUCCUAAGUUACAAGCCUUCAAAGGAGAGACCAGUUUUCUUGCAGAUAGCUUGGUACCUUAGACUCAACUUUACACACAUUUUGUUUUCCAUGUUUCCUUUUUUGACUUCAGGUCUUAACUUCCACUGCCCAUCCUGCUUUAGAGACUGACAUUUCAGGGUGGAUAUUAAAGCACUAAUUUUCUUCUUUGGUGUAACACUUGCAUUCCUGAUGUAUCUUACUGCUGGAAUACAGGAAAAGUGCCGUAUUUUUAAUGCAUUCAGUUUUCUUUGGUAUUACUAUCUGUUCCAGUUUUUGAUACAUUGAGGUAUGUCUUCUUUUCAACCAAACGAUGAAAUAGUGGAGACGGUGAAAUACAUGUGCCUGGCUAAUUGGCAAGUUAAUUGACCAAUGUAGAAAGUAUAGCGCCUUAUUUGAGUACCCUUUUUGAGAAGGUAUGGUGAGAAUGGGCAAGGGUGUCAGCAUCUUCUCCUAAUUGUUUUCAGUUUUGGUUCAUGAAGAAUGCCUAGUUUGUUAAUCUGUGAUAUUGCCUAGAACUGUAUCUAUCUGUUUUUACUUAUACUAGUGUAGUAAAGCCGCGUAUCAUGACAGUAAAAUGAUUACUGUGAUGCGUUAAUCAGACUCUAUUAAAAUCUAUAUGACGAUGUGUGGUUUGGCCUUUAAUUGUAUCUGUAACAGUCCUCCCGCUUUUACUCCUGCCCUGCGCAGCAUAGGCCAGUGUGCCUGGCACAAGCAGCCUUCUCUCAGGUUACGAAGCCAUUCCUAUGCUCUGCAAGCAGGGAGCAACAGGAGAGUGGCUGCCAGGGUGCACGCAGGACGUAGGUGCAGCCAGCAGUAAUACAUGGCCCCGGCUCAUCAGUGAAAGCUGCAGGGUCUGCAGAAAGAUGUAACUUCAGUUCCCUUUCAAAAACAUUUUUUUCCAAAGAAAAAUUGUGCUGUCUGCAUGAAGAGAAAACAGAUAAAUGAUUGACAUGCUUUUUAAUAAAAAAAAUUAAACAUUUGAAAUUUACUAAUAAAACUGCCUAAAAGGGGAUGGUAUUUGAAUGGUUAAAAAAAAAAAAAAAUUCAGUAGCCUUCUAAAAUUAAACCUGUA